GUCACGGACAUCCCUGGCUUCGAGAACUCCGUCAUGUCCAACGCUGUUAUCUUUCGCCAGACGGCCGACAGCCCGGUGAGCCACACCACGUUGACAAUAUAUUCGGACCUGCAGAGCAAUUUGACCCAGAGUCUCCUCACAGGGGCUGAGCAGUUAAGGCAGGAGCACGCCGUUGAUACGUACAAGUGGUUGGUUUCUCAGGCGAGGCGCAGCAAGAAGGGGAUGGCCUCUGCGGAGGCCGACCUGAACUUCAACGCCAUCAUCAAGUCUGCGGAGGCAGGGCUGGCCAUUCAGCCAGAGAAAAUAUUGGUGGCGCCGUUGCACGAGGUGGAGAGCAACAUCAACGUGAUUAUCGAGGAGGGC